GGCGGCGGCGGCGAAAUGGCGGCGGCGGCGGGAGGUGGCGGCGGUGGCGGCGGCGGCGGCGGCGUGGCGGCUCCGGUCCUGGUUUUCGUUCCGCUCCGGCGGUGGUGGUUACUGUAUCUGUGCCUGUGCACGGCUCUGUUGCCGCGCGCGGCGCGGGGCCUGACGGAGGGCCUGUACUGCGGACGGCGGGUCUGCUAUGAGGUGCUGGGCGUCAGCCGGCAGGCCAGCAAGGCGGAGAUCGCCCGCGCCUACCGGCAGCUGGCCCGCAAGUACCACCCCGACCGCUACCGCGGGGAGCCGGCCGCGGCGGCGGCGGGCGGCGGCGGCGGCCUGCAGGCGGCGCACGAGAAGUUCCUCCUCAUCGCCACCGCCUAUGAGACCCUCAAGGAUGAAGAAACCCGUAAAGAUUAUGACUACAUGUUGGACCAUCCGGAGGAGUAUUACAGGCAUUACUAUCACUACUACAGCAGGAGAUUGGCACCAAAAGUGGAUGUCAGAAUAGUGAUUCUAGUUACGGUGUGUGCCAUCUCCAUGUUUCAGUUCUUCAGCUGGUGGAGCAGUUACAAUGAAGCUAUCAACUACCUAGCUACAGUGCCAAAAUACCGCAUACAAGCUACUGAGAUUGCCAGGCAACAAGGUUUACUCAACAAGACUAAAGAAAAAGGCAAGAACAGGCGGUCUAAGGAAGAAAUCCGUGAAGAAGAAGAAGAAAUCAUUAAAGACAUUAUUAAAAAUAAAAUAGAUAUAAAAGGCGGUUAUCAGAAGCCCAAGAUAUAUGAUAUCCUUCUAUUUCAGAUCCUUCUCGCUCCUUUUUACUUGUGCAAAUACAUAGUUUGGUACUGUUGGUGGAUUUAUUGUUUCACUAUUAAGGGGCAGGAGUAUGGCGUGGAAGAGAAGCUGUAUAUUAUACGAAGGUACAUGAAAAUGUCUCAGUCUCAGUUUGACAGCCUGGAAGAUCAUCAGAAAGAGACCUUUCUUGAACGGCAACUGUGGAUACGAGAAAACUAUGAGGUCUAUAAAAAAGAACAAGAGGAGGAGCUAAAGAAGAAAAUGGCCAUGGAUCCCCGAUGGAAGAGGUAUCGGAGGUGGAUGAAGAAUGAAAGACCUGGGCGACUCACUUUUAUUGAUGACUGAAAGUUGAUGAACAAAAUGUGUCUAAUGUUAAAGGUGAUUUGCAAAACUUUUCACUACAUCAUUCAGAGUUUUGUCAGCUGUGGCUCAGCAGUGAUCUAAAACUCAGGAAUUAGUAAAUCAGGACGAAAAAGAAUACUGGUUUACCAUUUUUAUAAGUCAGACUUAUUAAAGAGGCUCAGCUCAAUAUAUAUAUAUGCCAUUUACUUGGGGAUAUAAGUGUGGAAUUCAUUAUUCCAAACGAUGUAUUUUCUCUAAAUGUUUCGUAUUAAUGAUCAAUGGUUCCAUAAAUUUAGUCUUUUGGAAAAUGUUUCUAGAUCAGUCCUUGAAGGUCCUGUUUUUCCUUUUUAAACUGAAGGGUUUCUGCCUUCUGAAGGGCCCUGGAAGUGCUUAUAACUGAUCCUGAAGCAAGGGCCAUCUUCUGUUUUGCUCUCUCUUCCCCCUGCUUCUCAAUCUAAUUUCUAAGAUGCCAAGUUGUUUUUUGAUGUAGACAAUAUGGGGAUUAUACAAGACUUUGUCUCUUGCUAUUCCUGCUCCAGCUGGAAAUGAAUUUUAUUCUUUGUGGGAAUAAAUGAUGCGUGAUUGAUGAUCA